AUGGCGGACCGCAACGCCAGUGCGUCUUCCGCCGGCAAAGGUCGAACUGUCAGCGUCUCGCAGGAACCCGUCACAUCUGUUCUCAAAGGCGGCGAUGUCCCGAUCAACGACUCGGGUCGCGAAUGGAACUCGGAUGAGGAAGUUCUUGCUGCUCUGGGGUACCGACCAGAGUUUAAACGGGAGUUUACAUUGUGGACGACCUUCUGUGUCUCGUUCGCUGUCCUAGGACUGCUGCCGAGCUUUGCGACGACCUUGUGGUAUGGGAUGGGGUAUGCCGGAACGGCGGGGAUGACAUGGGGUUGGCUCGUGGCAAUGGUGGGCAUCCAAUCUGUUGCUUCUUCCAUGGCAGAGCUCUGCUCGUCGAUGCCGACAUCUGGUGGACUCUACUAUGCUGCUGCUGUUCUUGCGCCGCCUGGGUGGGGACCGUUGGCUGCUUGGAUUACUGGUUGGAGCAACUGGAUCGGCCAAGUCACGUCAGCACCCAGCGUCAACUACGGCACCGCGGCCAUGAUCCUAGCCAGCGGCAGCAUCCAAAACCCGAGCUACGUGCCAACAAACUACCAGACGUUCCUGCUGACCGUCUUGAUCCAAUGCAUCCACAGCGUCAUGGCGUCCUUUCCGACGAAGUGGAUCGCUCGUGUCAACAGCGCUGGAAGCACAUUCAACAUCAUCGCCUUGUUCGUCGUCAUCAUCCUGAUCCCUGCGGCAUGCGAUAGGACGUCAAGAGGACUGUCGCGCUUCAAUCCCUCGAGCGAGGUUUGGGGCAACAUAUACCAGGGGACUGACUACCCGAAGGGAGUUGGUGUUUUGAUGUCGUUCAUCGGCGUCAUCUGGACAAUGUCCGGCUACGACUCCCCCUUCCAUCUCGCCGAAGAAUGCAGCAACGCCAACAUCGCCAGCCCCCGCGCCAUCUUCCUCACCAGCGCCGUCGGCGGCGUCGCAGGCUGGGCCCUCCAACUCAUCGUUGCCUACACCGUCGUCUCCAUCCCUCGCGCCCUGAACAGCGACCUCGGCCAACCCUUCGCCGCCUACCUCAUCGACUGCCUGCCGCAAAAAGUCGCCCUGGCCAUCCUCUCCCUAACCAUCAUCGCCGGCUUCGCCAUGGGCCAAGCGUGCCAGAUCGCCGCCUCCCGCGUCACCUUCGCCUACGCCCGUGACGACUGCUUCCCCCUCUCCCGCUUCUGGAAGCACGUCAACACCCACACCCGCACGCCCGUCAACGCCGUCUGGUUCAACAACGCCAUCGGCUGCCUGCUUCUGCUGCUCAUCUUCGGCGGCGAAAUAGCGAUCGGUGCCAUCUUCUCCAUAGGCGCAUGCGCGGCUUUCGUCGCUUUCACUCUGCCCAUCUUCAUCCGCGUCUUUUUUGUCGGGAAUCGCUUCCGUCCUGGCCCGUGGAAUCUGGGAAGAUAUAGCAUCCCGAUCGGCGUGGUCGCGAGCGCGUUCGUGAUCUUGAUGGUGCCGAUUCUGUGCCUGCCGAGCGUGACGGGGAGUGAUCUGGACGCUACGACGAUGAAUUACACGGCGUUGGUGUAUGGCGGGCCGAUGCUCGGGGUGCUGGUCUGGUGGGUGGUGGAUGCGAGGAAGUGGUUCAAAGGGCCGAAGGUGAAUCUGGAGCAUUUGAUGCAUGGACGGGAUGAGCAGGCGAUGGAGAUUGCGGGAGCGGAGGGGGCGGUAUUGGAGGGGAAGGGGGAUGAUCGGAGUAGUUCUUCUGAUGUUCCGGGUGAGAUGCCGGCGGGGAAGCAAGUUGGGGAUAUGAAGCCCGGUGGGCUGUGA